UCCUUCUGUGAAGGAAGUCUCUUCGAUAUAAUUCUUCCUGUUCUUCAUUACAUUAAUAUUUUGUUUUAAGAUGGAAGCUAUUUUUCUUCUCUUAAUUUCAUUUUAUAUUUCGGAAAUUCCAAUUACAGAGCAAUAUAAAAUUGACUGCCCUCCUCUACCAAUAAUCGAGUUUCCGAAUGGUAAAAUUCGAGUAAAUAGAGACAAAGUAUUUUUCAGUUGCGACAAUGGUUUUCGUCUUUCUGGGCCUACCUACUUACGUUGCAGACAAGGCAAUUGGAGUAGUACCAUUAUUCCAAAAUGUCUUCUACCGUUUAAUAGAUGUAAACCGCCAAAUGCCAUAAAAUAUGGAUCAAUUAUGGGUGAUUGGAAUGUUGGCGACGAAAUCGUCUACUUUUGCGAUGCUGGAUAUCGACUUUUGGGUGAUCGAUCCAGAAAAUGCCUAAAAAGUAGGCAUUGGGAUGGUAUUGAACCUAUAUGCCAAGAUGAGAACGAGCCGUUGACAAAGGUUGCUGAACGAUUGAAAAAUCAAUUUAUCACAAAAGUCGGAGAAUACACGUCUGAUAGUACAGCUCGAGCUAUCGGCGUAGAAAUCACAAAAAUAGGGUUGGAGUUGAUAUUUCUGAUCGAUCGAUCAAGUAGUAUCGAUCCCAUCGAUUUCAAAAAGGGAAUAGAAUUCGCAAAAUUUCUCGUAGACGAAUUUGGUGCUGAAAAUGGAAUUAAUAACAAUGUGAAAAUUUUAAUUGCCAGCGAAGAAGUGGUAAAAGAAGAAGUAAAAGAUGAUGAUGUUGUUGAAGAAGUUAUAAUUGAAGAACAAGCACAGAAAACUGUUUUAACUACUGUUGAGAAAGAAGAAUUAGAUGAGAACGAGCCGUUGACAAAGGUUGCUGAACGAUUGAAAAAUCAAUUUAUCACAAAAGUCGGAGAAUACACGUCUGAUAGUACAGCUCGAGCUAUCGGCGUAGAAAUCACAAAAAUAGGGUUGGAGUUGAUAUUUCUGAUCGAUCGAUCAAGUAGUAUCGAUCCCAUCGAUUUCAAAAAGGGAAUAGAAUUCGCAAAAUUUCUCGUAGACGAAUUUGGUGCUGAAAAUGGAAUUAAUAACAAUGUGGGUACCAGAGUCGCCUUUAUAACAUUUGGUGAUACAGCGGAUAUUGUAGUUAAUGUCAAUGACGAAAAAAUAAAAAACAAAGAAGAUGCUAAAAAUAUUUUGGAUGGUCUCAUGCCCGAAGGUGGAGGAACCGCUAUGACAUUUGCUCUGGAUAAGGUUAUAGGAAACUGCGUGACUUUGCUACGACAGAAAGCUAAACGAGCGAUUUUUCUUCUCACUGAUGGUGAAAAUAACGUUGGACAAGUUCCUCCAGAAGUAACGGCAAAUGAUCUUAAGACGGACUUUGAGUUUGAGAUAUUUACUGUUGGAAUUGGUCAGGAUAUAAAUGUAAACCAACUAGUAAAAAUUGCAUCAACUCCUCAGAAAAAUCAUGUGUUUUUACUGAAAAAAUAUUCCGAUUUAAACGAUAUAUUGUGGCUAAUAAGAAAUAAUGACGCUCUUCCAGAAAAGAAAGAAGCUAGUUGUGGACUUUUACCAGAAUCAAAGAGUAAGAGCUCAUCGGAUGUAGUGGCCAAAUGGCCAUGGUUAGCCGUUGUUUAUGUAUUGUUUCCAUCGGAAGACAAUCAACCAAAGUUAGGUAUAUGUUCUGGUAGUCUAAUAUGUUCUCGAUGGGUAUUAACUUCGGCUAGUUGCUUCUACGGAGAAGAUAAAACAAAUUUAAAUCAUUCUAAAUCAAAUGUGUUUGUUACUAUGGGAGAGAAGCAUCUAGCCCUCCUUGAAAAAUCCGAAAGAAAUUAUUAUGCUGUUAAAGUUAGAAUCCAUCCUAAAUUUGAUAGAGCUACAGGAGGAUCGCAUGAUUUAGCCUUGUUAAAACUAAACGAGGAUGUUCCCAUGAAUGACAGUUACAGGACAAUAUGCUUACCUAAAUAUAAUUUUCUGUUUUACGAAAAUCGAAGAGCAGUUACGAUUGGUUGGGGUAACGUACCUUCUAAAACUUUCUACGAAAAACAUUUUGCUUCGUCUUUUCAAAUGUUACCUGUUGAAGUAAAUCUGCCGAUAGCUAGAGAUUUUGAAUGUAACAGAGUAAAAGUCAACAUUACAGAUGAUCUAUUCUGUGCAGGGUCUGUAACCAAUCGAACCUGUGCUGGUAAUUUAGGAAGCCCUCUAGUCAUGGAAGAUAAAAAUACCAAUCUGCAUUACUUAAUAGGAAUGUUGGUGGAGAGGGAGUGGUGUAAUACUCAGUUCAAUGUUUUCAUUCAUGUGCGAAAACACAUGACUUGGAUUGAAAAAGUUACAAAUUCUUGUCAGAAUGAUGAGUCUUAAUAGUUUUAUUUACUACGGAAUUACAUCAUUUAUGUAGAAAUACAUAAAACUUUGUAAUA